AUGCCUCUAAAGCCAUAUGUAAGGGGAUGUAUUUUGGUAAUAUCGCUAUCUUUGGUAACUCGAAAUAACCCAUUGAAAACGCUGGUUGCAUUCGGUGGACUUGGAUAUGUCAUAACUUCGAGCUUGAUACCCAAAUUGACUCAUAGUUUCAUGAAGAUUGGACUAAAAGGUAGAGAUAUGUCUAAGCCUCCGCCGGUAAAAGAGAUUGCAGAGUCCAUGGGAGUUGUUUCAGCAGUAACUUAUUUAUUCUUAAUGUUCUGGUUGAUACCGUUCGUUUUUUUCAAGUAUUUAAUAUCAUUUACUUCAUUAUCAAGCGACUCAUCGAUCUCAGAUAACUACAAUGAUCAGUAUCUGUCUUUGUCAGAUAACAAGUUGUUUCCUCACAAUAAGUUGGCUGCUUAUUUAAGCGCCAUGUUAUGCUUACAAAGUACAACACUUUUAGGCUUAUUUGACGAUUUGUUCGAUAUCAGAUGGCGCCACAAGUUUUUUCUACCUUGUGUUGCAUCUUUGCCUUUGUUGAUAGUGUAUUACGUCGAUUUUAGUGUAACGUCGAUAGUAGUGCCUAAUUUCAUUGGUUCGAUUCCAGGUGGAAAUUUCUUCCUUGAAAUAUUAGAUACUUGGAUUAGAUUUGGGAACCAUGCAGUAUCAUAUGUCACUGGUUUAAAAUUCAGCACCUUGUCAUCGGAUUUCGUCAUAUCCGAUACUAGUCCUAAGAUGAUGGAUUUGGGUAUCUUUUACUAUGUCUACAUGUCAGCGAUUUCAAUUUUUUCUCCAAACUCAAUAAACAUUUUGGCGGGAAUUAAUGGCCUUGAAGUUGGCCAAUCCAUAGUUCUCGCAAUCAUAUUCCUUAUAAAUGAUGCGUGCUAUCUCUUUUCAAAAGACGUCGCUCCAGCUGCUCGUGAUUCUCAUUUGUUUUCAGCUAUCUUCAUAAUUCCUUUCAUUGGUGUUUCUUUAGGUUUACUUCAGUACAAUUGGUAUCCUGCCCGCGUGUUUGUUGGAGAUACAUAUUGCUAUUUUAGCGGAAUGGUAUUCGCAAUUGUUGGAAUUUUAGGGCAUUUUUCGAAGACCUUAUUGAUUUUCUUAUUGCCACAGAUUAUCAAUUUUAUUUAUUCAGCCCCGCAGAUAUUUGGAGUAGUUCCUUGUCCAAGACAUCGUUUACCGAAGUUCAAUUCGCAGGAUGGUUUGAUGUAUCCAAGCUUUGGGGAAUUGACGAAAAAAUCAAUGAUUUCACUGACUUUAUUGAAUACAUUAAACAAAUUCUAUUUGAUAAAAUUAGAAAGAGAUAAAAAUCUGAAUAAAAUUAAGUUUUCAAAUAUGACAAUCAUUAAUCUAUUUCUUGUCUGGUUUGGCCCUAUGAGAGAAGACUCGUUGUGUGUACUUAUUCUCAUUCUACAACUCUUUAUUGGGCUCAGCAUGAUCCUUGUUAGACAUACUCUAGGGCCCUGGCUUUUUGGGUACGAUAAUUUAAGCUUCGGAGUGAAAUGA